AUGGCGGCCUUCGUGGUCUAUGGGGCGCCUCCAGGAAGACUGUACUCAGAGGACAUUUCCGCGUGCGCCGUCCAGGCCUUUGCCGCUUUGGAGGCCUUCGUGGCUCGAGGGGCGGCCAAGGUCGAUAAAGCGCUGGACCUCACAAGGUGCGAAAAGCCCUCCGCCUAA